GAUGUCUCUCGGUCGGCUCCUGCGACGCGCCUCCUCCAAGGCCUCAGACCUCCUGACCUUUAACCCAGGGUCGGCGGGGUCGCGGAACGGCUUGGACGGAGAGAUCAUCUUCUCCAAGAACAAUGUGUGUGUGCACCCUGCCGAGCCCCUGCCGGGCCUGCCCGAACACCACCCAGGUACAGUAUAUAGCUGUCUAGGAGUCCCCUACAUUAGGGCACACCGUAGCGAAGAUCUUAGCGACGGAAAACGGAAAAUAUGAUUUUUUAUCGGACAAGUUCAUGCAGUCCCUUCCUGUUUCAGUGCAUUUUCUUGCUUUUGGUGCCUAAUGCAUACAACCCUGGGGUGUAUUCAGUGAGCUGAACUAUUCUGAACGUCACAGAAAUGUAAUGAAUAGUGCUAACACGAUUCCCUAUUCUUCCUGACAAACAAUCAUAUUUGUUCUACACCAUACAUUUCUAUCUGAAUGUUCUGUAACAUUACAUCCUCCUGAACAGGCCCCAGCUAUCACUAUAGCAUUCCUCUGCUGUUCUUCUCUUCCUUUCCCUGUGUGUCAUAUAGUAGGGUUGAACCAUAAGUCCGAUUGACUCCAGAUAUAUAUAGAUGUACCAAAUCUGGAGUCAAUCUGACUUCUGGUUCAUGGGAAGAAGGUUUUGUCCUGGCUACCCGGACUAUUUGCACUGCCCCCCCCACCCCCACCCCCCACCCCAUCUUUUUACGCUGCUGCUACUCUGUUAAUUAUUUAUGCAUAGUCCCUUUAACUCUACCCACAUGUACAUGUGAUCUUCUCAGGUGACCUCGGUGCUUGUGUUUUCGUGUGUGUGUGUGUGUGUGUGUGUGUGUGUCCUCCUCUCUUUCCCAACCUGUCUCCUAUCCUCUGAUGAUAUGAUCUCAUCAGGGUGAGCGUGUGUGUGUGUGUGUGUGUGUUCUUGUUCACAUUCCUGUGUUCCUGUGUGUUUGCGGCCAUGUUUCUCCCUCUCCCUCAUGCCUCCCUUCUCUCCUCAGGGUACCUGUGUGUGCACAUGGAGAAGGAUGAGAGCCUGGGCACCACUCUGAUCCUGACCUGGGUUCCCAACUCUCGCAUCCAGAGACAGGAUGAGGAGGCCCUGCGCUACAUUACCCCCGAGAGCUCACCUGUCCGCAGAAACGCUCGGCGCUGGCCCCGCAGGUAGAGUGGGGAGAGUGGAACGUAAUGGAGUUGUAUGUGGUGAUAUUGCAAUAACUGCUUGUAUCGCGAUAACAGAUUUGAUUGCAGUAACUGGUUUUAUCAUGAAAACGUAUUGUAUCGUGAUAACAGGUUUUAUUGCAAUAAUUGGUUUUAUUGUGAUAACUGCUUGUAUCCCGACAACUGAGCCUGAACUUUUGUAAUACAGGUAAACACUGUUUAGGGAUGGUGGUUAAUUUACAUCUGGUUUUAUCUAACUGAAUUUCAUAAUCUGAAAAAAUUAUAUUUUAUGGUAACACUGUAAUGUUAACCCAACCUGCAGGCCCCACUCCCGACACCCUCCUGCCCAGGAGGAAGAUGAGGACCGGGAGGAGGAGGAGGGGAUCGGGAACGGAACUGGGAAUGGGGGGAGCCUGGGUCUGGAGGCCAGCGUAGAGCCCCCUCCUCCCCAGCAGCAGCAGCCCCAGCCUGGGGGGGAUGAGGGGGAUGAGGGGUCCUGUGAGCUGUCGGCUGACGAGGUGAGCAGGGACAGCACCAUGGGCUCCGACUCGGACACCUUCUCCUCACCCUUCUGCCUGUCGCCCGUCAGCGAGGCCCUCUUUGAGAGCAGCGGCUCUGUGUUCCUGGACAACGAGAGCAGGUGAGCUGGGGAGGGGUUUGUGUGUGUGGAUGAUACAGACCUGGGUUGAAAUUGUAAUUUAAAUCAUUUCAAAUACUUUAUCUGGGCUUGAUUUGUGUUUGCAUGUUCUAAUUGAACCAAUAGAAAAAGGCAGGUUAAUGCAAAUACUAGUAUUUGAAAGAUGUCAGUAUUUGAACGCAGGUCUGUUAUGUGUGCACGCAUUUGUUUGUGACUUGUGUUGGACAUCGAUAGGAAUAGGGUGUUUUAGUGAAAAAAAUGAGUUAUUGUCAGUUGGAUUUUGUGUGAAUUAUCUCUGCGAGGUAGCUAUUGAUAUGCAGGGAAGUAAUGGAAACAGGAGAUGUAGUUUCCAUGGUAUUUAUAAUUUAUGUAUGUAUUGAAUCCAGUCUCUCUCAGUUCAGACGCUGAAUAUUGGUGUCUUAUCUCGCAAUGGAGACCUAUUGAAAUGGUUUAAGCAUAAGCACAUAAGAUAAAUGCUUUUCCAAUUAUUUGGGUAGAGCAGCAUCCAACUUGUUAAAUAAAUAUUUGAAAAUGACUGCCUGAUUGCAAACAAGAACCUGCAACCCAUUUGCGUAAAUGUCCAAUGCUUAUUUUAAGUAACUGGCAAUUUGAUCGUUUUCCCACCACUUUAUAAAAGAGUUUAGAAAAAAGAGCAAGAGCGAGAGAGAGCAGCAACAGUUUUAUGUGUUUAAAGGGUAUAAACUUGAAUAAUGUUGAACCCCCACUCCAGAUGCCAAUUUCUGACCUCACAACAAGACAGCAUGGAUGUUUCUCACCAGAUCAAGGUAGUUGUAAUAGGCCAAACCUACCACAUGGUGGAGCCACAGAGAAGAGGAUAAGAGUACUUUUACUGUCAAUGGGGGAGGUUCACACUUUACACAGCAUUAAAAAUAAAUAAAAUAAUUUACCCUUUAUUUAACUAGGCAAGAACAAAUUCUUAUUUACAAUGACGGCCUACCAAGGCUGGAUGUGUGCACUCUGUAGGGAGAGAAAGGGCUGUGAAAGCUUCACUAAAUGCAAUCCAAUUUAAAGCAGCUUAGUUAGCAGUUAGCAUGCAUAUUCAUUAUGUGGUCCAUGCGGGAAUUGUACCGACAGCUUUGGUGUUGCCAACACUCUGCUCCAACCAACUAAACCAUCUGGACUAAACCACUAUCAUGUUGCUGUACUGACCUUAUGGCCAUUCUCCUUUAUACAUCCCUCAGAGGUCGCUUCCACACAAAGGUAUUUGGCCAGAAACACAGCCCAGGAUCAGUGAGUUUGAAGUGUGUGCGUGUGUGUGUCCAUUUAGUGUGUGACUUGGCAGCUUUCUCUUGCACUGCCUCUAACCUUUUCUUCAUCCCCUCUCCCUCCCCCUUUCUCUCUCGCUCUCUCUCGAUCUCUCUCUCUCGCUCUCUCUCUCUAUCUCUUUCUCCUUCGCUAAUGUUUCUCUUUAAGCUAAUCUUGCUCCGUGUACUUUCUCCCCCCCUCCCUUCCUCCCUCCCUGGGUCUGUGUGAAACUCUCUUUGAUUCCUCCCUGCUCCUGGGGUUGUUGUGCUGGGCGGAUUAGAGGAGUGGUCUGGUGCGGGCCUGCCUCUGGAACACCACAGCUCUCAGCUUUAAUUGACACUGUUAAGGGGCCUGGGACUGGAAACAUGUCACUAGGAAUCAUGCAGAGAGAAAUAAUCUGUGUGUAAGAAAGAGCGAGAGAGUACAGUAUGUUGGUGUGUGAGAGAGACUGUGUAUUGUAGCUAGUGUGUGUGUGUGCAUGCAUGCGCGCAUACGUGUUCACAAUGCUAUUAGUGUUUCACCCCUUUGAAACUCUGCUCUAUAUGGUUUAGCCAUUAGUUGCUCCAGUACAAUAUUCUAAACCACUGAAUGUAGUGCGUCUGUUUAUAGAAAAUUGCUAUUACUUUUCUUAAUCUUUAAAACUUUUAAAUUCAUAAUAUAUCUUAAAGGCCUCUUGCUGCCCUUUACAAUGGUUAGAAUCCAAAACAUAGGUAAUUCAAUUAUCAUGAAUACCUAGUUUUAGCUCUCCUCCUCUCCCUACCCUCCCCAGGGUUUUGAUUAGAUGUUUUAUACUGAACAAAAAUAUUAACGCAACAUGUAAAGUGUUGGUUUCAUGAGCUGAAAUAAAAGAUCCCAGAAAUGUUCCAUACUUAUUUCUCUCAACUUUUGUGCACAAAUUUGUUUAGGUCCCUGUUAGUGAGCAUUUCUCCUUUGCCAAGAUAAUCCACCCAUCUGACAGGUGUAGCAUAUCAAGAAGCUGAUUAAACAGCAUGAUUAUUACACAGGUGCACCGUGUGCUGGGGACAAUAAAAGGCAACUCUAAAAUGUGCAGUUUUGUCACACAACAAAACGCCACAGAUGUCUCAAGUGUGCAAUUGGCAUGCUGACUGCAGGAAUGUCCACCAGAGCUGUGGCUAGAGAAUUUAAUGUUCAUUUCUACCAUAAACCGCCUCCAACAUUUUGGCAGUACGUCCAACCGGCCUCACAACAGCAGACCAUGUGUAACCACGCCAGCCCAGGACCUCCACAUCCGGCUUCUUCACUUGCGGGAUUGCCUGAGACCAGCCACCGGACAGCUGAUGAAACCAAAUAAUUUCUACUCAAACUGUCAGAAACCUUCUCAGGGAAGCUCAUCUGCGUGCUCAUCGUCCUCACUGUAGUUCGGCGUCGUCACCAACUUCAGUGGGCAAAUGCUCACCUUCGAUGGCCACUGGGUGAGCAGUUUGCUGAUGUCAACGUUGUGAACAGAGUGCCCCAUGGUGGCGGUGGGGUUAUAAGCUACGGACAACAAACACAAUUGCAAUUUAUCAAUGGCAAUUUAAAUGCACAGUGAUACCAUGACGAGAUCCUGAGGCCCAUUGUCUUGCCAUUGUCUUGUCUUGCCAUUCAUCCACCGCCAUCACCUCAUGUUUCAGCAUGAUAAUGCACGGCCCCAUGUCGCAAGGAUCUGUACACAAUUCCUGGAAGCUGAAAAUGUCCUUCAUGGCCUGCUACCAUGCGAUGUCACUCGACUGAGCCAUGUUUGGGUUUACUACGGCAACUGCAUUUCAUGGCAUUAAUGCACGUGUACCACAGCAGAUCCUGUGCCAUUUCUUGCCAUGUCAUCCACGCCUCACUCAGUUCAGCUGAGUAGCACGGCGCUUGUAACGCAAGGAGGUUGAUCACUCCUGGAAGCAUAAAAAAUGUUCACCAUAUGAGUCGCUUUGGACUAGAAUGUCCGCAAAUGGCAUGUUUGGAUUCUCUGAUUACCGUACCACAUGUUCCAGUUCCCGCCAAUAUCCAGCAACUUCGCACAGGAGUGGGACAACAUUCCACAGGCCACAAUCAACAGCUUGAUCAACUCUAUGCGACGGAGAUAUGUCGCGCUGCAUGAAGCAAAUGGCGGUCACCCCUGAUACUGACUGGUUUUCUGAUCCACGCUCCUACCUUUUUUUUUAAAGGUAUCUGUGACCAACAGAUGCAUAUCUGUAUUCCCAGUCAUGUGAAAUCCAUAGAUUAGGGCCUAAUGAAUUUAUUUCAAUUGACUGAUUUCCUGAUAUAAACGGUAACUCACUAAAAUCUUAGAAAUUGUUGCAUGUUGCGUUUUCUAUUUUUGUUGAAUGCAUUUUAUUCAGAUCCCCAUUAGCUGUUAAAAGCAGCAGCUAUUCUUCCUGAGGUGCACACAAAACAUAGAACAUUACAAAAUGCAGAACACUAAUAGAUAAGAACAGCAACACAAAUGUAAAACUACAUUUUAAACGACUAAAGAAAACGGUGUUUGUAUGCGUCUCCACAGUCCGCGUUGUUCCUUGAGGUGUUUUAUCAGUUUUCUUUUUAAAGAUUUUUUUUCUUGCCUGAGUUACCUGAGGGUAGAAGAAAAUUCCAUGUAGUCAUUUUCCCAGCCUCUGUUCUGACUUGGGGACUGGGUUUUUGAGCUGUGUUAACUGGCUGAACAGACGAUUCGGUGCUAUCAACACAUCAAUAUUUCUUACAACGAUCGACAGUGAUGCAGUCAAUCUCUCCUCCUCUCUGAGCCAGGAGAGACUGAUAUGCAUGUUAUUGACAUUGGCCAUCCGUGUACAUUUGAGGGCCAGACGUGCUGCUCUGUUCUGGGCCAGCUGCAGCUUUUCUAGGUAUUUGUUUUGUCGCACCGGACCAUACAACUGGGCAAUAGUCAAGAUGCGACUAAACCAGAGCCUGCAGGACUAGUUUGGUUGCAUGUGAUGUUAAAAAAGCAGAGCAUUUCUUUAUCACAGACAGACCUCUCCCCAUCUUUACAACAAUAGAAUAAAUAUGCUUUGACCAGGACAUUUUACAAUCUAAUAGAACACCAAGAAGUUUAGUCUCUUCUACUUGCUCAACAGCUACAUUAUUCAUUGAGUUUAGAGACCGUGGGUCUCUGUGGGUGUUUAGCCCCAGGCUCUGGUUCUCAGGGUGACACCAGAGCUCUUUCCCCAGGGUAGAGCAUCACGUAGGUGGGGUGCAGAGUGCUGUGGGCAGUCUGGUCUCACCCCAGCUUGUAGCUGUAGCUCCCCUGACGAGGGACAUGCCAUUAAAUCAGCUUUUCCAUCAAAACAUGCUGUUGACAUGUACUGAGUGUACAAAACAUUAAGAACACCUUCCUAAUAUUGAGUUGCACCCACACUCAAUUUGUCGGGGCAUUGACUCUACAAGGUGUCGAAAGCGUUCCACAGGGAUGCUGGCCCAUGUUGACGCCAAUGCUUCCCACAGUUGUGUCAAGUUGGCUGGAUUUCCUUUGGGUGGUGGACCACUCUUGAUACACACCGGAAACUGUUGUGUGAAAAACCCAACACCAUUGCAGUUCUUGACACAAACCGGUGCGCCUGGCACCUACUACCAUACCCUGUUCAAAGGCACUUAAAUAUUUGGUCUUGCCCAUUCACCCUCUGAAUGGCACACAUACACAAUCCAUGUAUCAGUUGUCUAAAGGCUUAAAAACCUUCAUCUACACUGAUUGAAGUGGAUUUAACAAGUGACAUCAAUAAGGGAUCAUGGCUUUCACCUGGAUUCAGUCUAUGUCAUGGAAAGAGCAGGUGUUCCUAAUGUUUUGUACACUCAGUGUAUAGUCUGUGUAUAACACACUGUAUACAUAGGCUAUAGUGUAGUCGCUAUAGAGAACAGCAUCAGCUGUUAGUGUGAACAUUUAGCAUUAGCUAAUUGAGAUCCACUGAUGAGGUAGAUUACAUUUAAAACCUCUCCGUAAGCACCCACUGUUAUGUUAGCGUAAGCUAGCUUCGCUUCAUUGAUUAAGUAGACAACAUUUAAAACGGGUCCAUGUUCAACACCUUCUGUUAAUGCUGCUUAGUUAACUGGAAAGACCAUAGAGACUGUUAGCUUAGCAAAAUCCCUAUGAGAGUUACGGUAGAGUUAGCAUGUGGCGCAGUUUAAAUAUUUGUUUAUUGAGACUGUUUUAAUCAAUCAAAUGUUGUCAGGUGUUAUUACAGCAGACCAUUAAGUGUGAGACGUUUGGUUUCUGUAUGUUCUGUCAGCACCUCAAUGUAAUACAACAGGCCUAGUACUCAGACCUGGGUUCAAAUACUUACAAAAAUAAUUUAUAAUGCUUUUGCUGGGCUUGAUUGAGCUUUCCUGUUGCAAUGGAUCCAAUAGACAAGUCCCAAACGUGCAAAGACCGCCCAUUUAGCACCCCAGACAGGCUAAAGUAAACACUCAAAUUAUUUGAAAGAUUUCAAAUAGUAUUUGAACCAGGUCUGCUAUGACUAGGUUUAGAUUGAGCCAGACAGAAUCCCCCCACUUCUCUGUGCUGUAGUGUCCCAGAACUCAGAACUGGGACCUGGUUUAUGAUGUGAUACAUGUGAUACAUGAUCCAGAGGGCAGUAAAUCUGACCAAUGAGGGGAAACCUUGCUGUCUCUAUCAAUCUCACAUAUUACUUUCCCAUAUACAGGUAUGUGACAACCCGAGACAUGAUCAAUUCACAGCCAUUGAUUUAGUUUGAAACUGACCAGCUCUGGCUCCUCUCAUGGGACCAAUAGGCUGUUUGUAUUUAUUAUGGACUUAGAGAAAUACUGUUCCAUCAGCAUACAAGGAAAGAGCAUUUCAAUGUAAAUGUUUUUCCAUAUGACUGACUUGUGUUUCUUAGACCUGUUUUUAAAGUUGGCCACAUUUGCAAUUAAUACGUCACUGUGCUUCUCAGGUCUGGCUCUCAGACUCCGAGACAUGGCUUGGGGUACGUUUUGGUUGUUAGUUGUGUUUGAUUUCCCCCUUACCCAGUUGUUUUAUGUGUGUGUGUGUGUGUGUGUGUCUGGAACUCCCAGUUUGGGUUACGGUGCCGGGAAAAACACAGUGGCCACGGGGGAAGGACGGGGGAAAUUGGAAGGCAGAUGCUGUGAUUUGUGUGUAUUGUGUGCACAGUUUCUGUUGUAUGCACUGUGUGUGUGUGUGUGUGUGUGUGUGUGUGUGUGUGUGUGUGUGUGUGUGUGUGUGUGUGUGUGUGUGUGUGUGUGUGGCAUGUGUGGUUCCUCCCUGCACAGUAACCUCCAUGCAUUCUUCUCAUUCUCUGUCCCCUGGUCUAAGCCAGCACAAUCCCAGGACAUAAAACAAGGCAGUAAAUAGACUCCUGAUAUUCAACACUAGUCACAGACAGUACAUAGCCCUCUGGACCCUGUUUGCGAUAUCUAGGCUUAUGUAUUGUUAGAACGACAUUUGUGUGCAAUGCAAUGAUUGUCCAAAAUCACGGUCCCAUCAGUUUCCCUUAGACGCUGAUCUAAGGUCUGUUUUGCAUUUACCACUAAUAGUUAUGGUUACCAUCGGGUGGGUGUAAAUUAAUCUGAUCCUACAACCAACUCCAACUUCUCCCCCCUCCUUUUCUCAGGGAGCUGUGCGACGAGUCCAUGACCCAUUCGGCUAGCUCCGCCUCCAGCCUGGACAGCCACGCCCCCUAUGAGAACAACAGCCAAUCGCAGGGCAUGCGGUGGGAGGAGCAGCAGAAGGUGCUGGCGUUGGAGCAGCUGGGGGGAGUGUUCCGGGUUGACCUGGGGCAUAUGAGGUCGCUCCGCCUCUUCUUCAGGUCAGCCAGGGGUCACGGGGGGUCAUGUUGUCUGGAUACUUUAUGACCUCAGGAACGGACUUUUACUCUCAUAAUAACUCACCUGUGUACAGUUGUGUUGUUUUGCCUGUGAGGGUAAAGGGGAAGAUUAUCAAUGAGUCCAACUCAAACGAUUACAAAAAUUAAGAAGUCACUUCAAAAAGUAGGCCUAUAUGUAUGUAGAAAAGUACUGUAUUUGACAAUCCAGGAAAUUCCCCUGAAAUUCUUCUCCAACUGAGAGUUUGCUGUAUAUGUUAUAAGCCAUGUUUGAGCAGUGCAGGAAUAAUGUAUGUGUAUUUCUUUCAGCCAGUGUUUCUGUAUGUUUGACAUACGGUAUGUUGUGAUUCCAGUGAUGAGGCGUGUAACAGUGGUCAGCUGGUGAUCGCCAGCAGGGAGAGCCAGUAUAAGGUCCUCCACUUCCACCACACAGGUCUGGACAAGCUGGCUGAGGUCUUCCAACAGUGGAAGUGCUGCAGAGAGACCCAGCUCAAAGACCAGGUGAGACAUGGUAGCAUUGUGGCUAGAUACCAUCUUACUUCGGCGUUAUUAUUGUGGCUAGAUAUGUUAUUUCAGUGUUAGCAUAAUGGCUAGUUCUUUGAUAUAUCUCGUUCUCUCUCUGCCCCCCACCCAUCUCUCUUGCUCUCUCUUUCUCUCUCUGCCCCCUACCCAUCUCUCUCACUCUCUCUCCGCCCCCCACCCAUCUAUCUCGCUCUCUCUCUCCUCCCUCUCUUUUCCAGGUAGUGGAUGAGAAGUCAUGUAUGCAGUUCUCCAUCCGGAGGCCCACCCUGCCGUCCGCUGAGACCCACCCAGAGGAACGUCUGUACCGCCGCCUGGACGUCACCACCUGGCUCCGACACCUCAACCACAACGGACAGGUGGAGGAGGAGUACAAGCUACGCAAGGUGAGUGUGUAGCUGUGAUAAGACCUUGGAAGACUGACCGAGUCAGUGGGCAGCUUCAGAUACACAGCAGAUGUGGAACGGUCAUUGUUCAAAUCACCAGUUAUGUGUGUGUGUAUGUGUGUGUACAGAUAUCUUAAAUUAAAAUAACUUGGGGCUGAUUUCCUGGUAUUUUUACAGUCUUAUGUCCAACAAUGAAAAUGACAAAAAAAUAAAACCACCAGCGGGCCAAAUUCGUCCCUGGGCCGCCAGUUGGGGAACCCUGGUGUAGUUACUGUAGCUAACAUUGUUAAAUUCUAGACUUCUACUACCCAGGCUGAUCAUGUCCUCUCUUUCCCCCCCUCAGGCCAUCUUCUUUGGGGGCGUCGACCCAUCCAUCCGCGGGGAGGUGUGGCCCUUCUUACUGCACUACUACAGCUGUGACUCCUCCUCCCAGGAGAGAGAGGCCUGGAGACUGCAGAAACGCUCAGAGUACCACGGCAUCCAGCAGAGGAGGUAGGUGGCUGUGGGGUGCAAACAGGAUGUUUCUGGGUUUACUAUAACUGUCUCUCCAUCCAGGGGAGCUGCACUGCUACUGACCGUGUGUGUGUCUGUGUGUGUCUGUGUCUGUGUGUGUGGGGGGGGGGGCAGAAGAAAAAUGUCAGUUCUAACCAUAAUAAAGUUGUAUUGUAUUUCUAUUCCAUGUAAGAAGGACAUUCAUAACACUGGAACAUAUGUGGUUUAUUUAUCCAAAGGAAUAAGGUGGCACCAAGCCAUAUCCUGCUAACUAUUAACACACACACACACACACUUUGCAAAUGGAGCAAUCAAUAGACACACUUACAGAACGUGUUAUGGGAGUGCUGGAUGUAAAUUAACAGGCCUGUUGGGAAACAACAUGUAAACGCUGAUCAAAUCAUAUUCUACAGCUCGAUACGCACGCACGCAUCACACACCACACAUCACACACCAACACACCACACACCAUGCAUCACACACCACACACCACACCAACACACCACACACCAUGCACCACACACCAGCACACCACACACCACACACCACACACCACACACCACACACAUCACACACCAUGCACCACACACCACACACCACCCACACCAACACCAACCCACAUCAUCCACCACCCACAUCAACCACCACACACCACCACCACACACCACACAUCCACCACAUCACAACCACACCCACACCACAUCACCACCCCCAUCACCCAACACACACCCACCACCCAACACACCACACACCAUCACCACACACCCACCAACACACCACACACCACACACACCACCAUCACACCACACACCACACACACACACCACACCACACAUCACACACCUCACCACACACCAUCACCACACCACACCACACACCCAACACACCACCACACACCAACACACCACACAUCACACACACAUCACCCCACACACACCCCAUCACCACCAUGCACCACCAACACAACCACACAACACACACCCACAUCAUUGACCACCACCAACCACACCACCACCCCACACCACACACCACACACCACACACCACACACCACACACGCUCACACACUAAAAGAGAGUAAAGGGUGCAACUAGUCAGAGUUUACAUUAACCUCCCAGCGUUACCUGUCUGUGUGUCUGUCCCUAAUCCUCUUUAUUUUUCCAAAACGUUCCAUUUUUUUAUUUUUGUCAUUUAACAGAUGUCUUAUCUAGAGCACCUUACAGGAGCAAUUAGGGCUAAGUGCCUUGCUCAAGGGCACAUUGGCACAUGUUUCACCUAGUCGGCUUGGAUAUUCGAACCAGCGACCUUUCGGAUACUUGGCUGUACGCUCUUACCCACUAGGCUACCUAAGCCUCCACACAGUGUGCAUGUGUGCACGAGUGCACAGAAUUAAUAUGAUAAUUGGCCAGUCUUCAGCGGUAUGGCAUAUUAACCUUUUGAAUACAUCAGAAGACCUAAUCCAAACCAGUCAAUUAGAUGCUCUAUUCCUCCUCUGAUGUGGCUGUUAGAAAAACACUUGACUGAGCCUCCAGGGGCCACUGGCUCAUCAUUAAGACCCUGGAACUACAGUCUCUGCCUUAUAGAGGUGGUGGCACUGGUAACACUUUCCUUAAAGCCUGCAGAUAUAAUGCAUUAUGAUGCAGGUAUAAUAACUUUUAUAAACUGGGUGGGUCGAGCCCUGAAUGCUGAUUGGCUGACAGCCGUGGUAUAUCAGACCGUAUACCACGGGCAUGACAAAACAUUUAUUUUUACUGCUCUAAUUAUGUUGGUAACCAGUUUAUAAUAGCAAUAAGGCACCUCGGGGGUUUGUGAUAUAUGGCCAAUAUACCACGGCUAAGGGCUGGGUCCAGUCACUACGCGUUUCGUCGUGCAUAAGAACAGCCCUUAGCCGUGGUAUAUUGACCAUAUACCACACCUCCUCGGGCCUUAUUGCUUAAAUAAGACUUAUCAUGAACAUGUAUGACAUCCUUAGAAUCAUCUCUUUGUGAUCCUGACUAAAGACCAGCCCCUGUUAAUUAAAUCAAUUAGUUAUAUAUGGAAAUGUAACAUUAGAUUAUUUAUAUUUUGUUUCAGAUGGUCAUAAAUUACAUUUUGAAGAAUCAAUUAUUGCUUGUUUGAUGUUCUGUUCUGUGCUGUAGCCAGUACUGUUGAAGAUGUUAAAAAUGGAGGAUCCUGCUUGAGAGGAGAGGAAUGUCCAAAUACACCUGUUCUGAACAAACACUGGAGGAGAAGAGGGUUGUGGCGAGUUGAUUCAGUUUACUCGUCUAUUUUCUAGAAGGUCUGAUGUCUUUGUGGUCUUACAUGCUAAUGUUAAUGUUGAGUUACAUGACUAGGGGAUUCUGGUAGCAGGACCAGGUACAGCUGAUGACUGUUCUCCAGAAAGGAAGAAGAGCGAGAGGGUGAGGCAUGGAGGUAGAGAGGGAACAAGGGACUGGGAGAGAGGGAACGAGGGACUGGGAGAGAGGGAACGAGGGACUGGGAGAGAGAAGGAGUGAGAGGGAGGAGACGCCGAGGGAGAGGCAGACACAAACACAGCCCCAGAAAGUAAACAGUUGCGUGAAGUUGCAUCACGCCUGGUGUUAUUGUUCCUGGCGGGGCUCAAUGGAAAACAAAUAGUGUUAAUUAAAUCCCCUCUGCUCUGCUCGUUAGGGUAGGGGUCAGGUCCUCACUGUUCAGGUUCUCAGCCAGAGGGUGAUGGGAGGGGGUUAGGGUUAGAUCAUAGGUUGUUUAAGUGGUUUCAAGUGCCUCAACAUCCUCACCCUACCCUUGUCCUGACAUCCUAUCAAGGGUUCAAUUAAAAGUAACUUUUUGAAGUUGCGGAACUGCCCUCAAGUUUGGUUGACAUUAGUGCAUAGCCCCAGUAUUUAACCCAGUUUAAAACCGCUUCCUCCCUGUGUGUCCCUGCCAUCCCCAGGUUAUCUAUGAGUCCAGAGGAGCACAGUGACUUCUGGAGGAAGGUUCAGUUCACCGUGGAUAAGGACGUGGUGAGAACAGACCGCAGCAACCACUUCUUCAGGGGAGAGAACAACCCCAAUGUGGAGAUCAUGAGGUGAGGACAGCUGGCCUCUCUGUCUGGUCUCUCCCUCUUUCGUUCCCUAUUCUCUUACUCUCUCUUCUCUCUGCUCUUUCAAUCUUACACCUUCUAUCCCCUGCCACUCCUCUUUCUCUCUUUCCUCUCAUCUCUAUCUCUGUCACUCUUUAUUCUAUAUUUCACUCUCUCCUCUCUUCCCUCUCUUUCUCACUCUCCUCUCCUCCAUUUCUUCCUCACCUUUUCAAUUCCUCAUCAUCUUUCCUAUCCCAUAGUCCAGUGCACAGGAGGUAAUAUUCUACAUGAAUAUCAUAUUGUGAACCCUGGGGGAAGCUAGCUAAUGACUUUCAUGCUUUAUUGACUCCCACUAAGCUCUUAGUACACUACUUCUGAUGCAUACUUACAGCUAAUAGCUUCCUAAAUGAGGCUCUAAAGGUUUUGAAACCAGGCUGUUUGUUAAGUGACUCAUGGCUGGAUCUCAGUUUUGGUCAAAGUAACUGGGUCAAGUAGAGUAGUGGUGGGAGAGGUUAGAACUCUCAUGUAUUAUUAUGGCCUAAUAUUAUCUCACCACUUUUCAUAUUUGUUUUAUUCAUUCGCUUACUCUAAGUUCUAAUGCCAUAGUCUUAAUUAGCUUUAAGUUCCUUGGUGUCCACAUCACUAAGGAAUGAUCAUGGUCAACACACUCCAACACAGUCGUGAAAGCACGAUAACGCCUCUUCCCCCUCAGGAGGCUGAAAAGAUUUGGCAUGGACCCUCAGAUCAUUAUAAAGUUCUACAGCUGCACCAUUGAGAGCAUCUUGACUGGCUGCAUCACCGCCUGGUAUGGCAACUGCUUGGCAUCCGACCGCAAGGCGCUACAGAGGGUAGUGUGUACGGCCCAGUACAUCACUGGGGCCGAGCUUCCUGCCAUCCAGGACCUCUAUACCAGGCGGUGUCCAAGGAAGGCCCUAAAAAUUGUCAGACUCCAGCCACCCAAGUUAUAGACUGUUCUCUCUGCUACCGCACGGCAAGUGGUACCGAUGCACCAAGUCUGGAAACAACAUGACCCUGAACAGCUUCUACCCCCAAGCCAUAAGACUGCUAAAUAGUUAGUCCGGGUAGCCAUUGGUUAACUAUUUAACUAUCUGCAUUGACCCUUUAUGCACUAAUUAUUUUGACUCAUCACAUACGCUGCUGCUACUGUUUAUUAUCUCUCCUGUUUCCUAGUCACUUUAUUCCUAGUUAUAUGUACAUAUCCUACCUCAAUUACCUCUUAGCCCUGUACAUUGACUUGGUACUGGUACACCAUGUAUAUAGCCAAGUUAUCGUUACUCAUUGUAUAUUUAUUCCUUGAGUUAUUAUUUCUCGAUUUUUCUCUCUGCAUUGUUGGGGUUAGAAGUAAACAUUUCACUGUUGGUCUACACCUGUUGUUUACGAAGCAUGUGAAAAAUACAAUUUGAUUUGAUCUAAUUGAUUGUUUUAACGACAGUGUCUAAACAUCUAUAUGAUCUGUUGGUUAGUGUGAUGGGUUAGUAAGACUUUGUAUGUAGGACUUAGUAUGAGGUAAUAUGUAUGACUUGAUAUCUUGAUAUUGUCUGUGGUGGUGUUCCUCCCUUCCUCCAGGUGUGUGCUGCUGAACUACGCAGUGUUCAACCCAGAGAUGGGCUACUGCCAGGGCAUGUCUGACCUGGUGGCUCCCCUGCUGACCGAGGUGCAGGACGAGAGCGACACGUUCUGGUGCUUCGUAGGCCUGAUGGAGAACACCAUCUUCAUCAGCUCUCCCCGCGACGAGGACAUGGAGAGACAACUGGUAACUCUCUCACUUUAUUACACACACUCUGUCUUUCUCUCUCUCUCUCUCUCUCUCUCUCUCUCUCUCUCUCUCUCUCUCUCACUUUAUUACACACACACUAUCUUUCUCUCUUUCUCUCUCUCUCUCUAUCUUUCUCCUCUCUCUCUCUCUCUCUCUCUCUCACUCACACCCAAUAUACCUCUUCCUUUUCUCUCUCUCUCUCUCUCUCUCUCUCUCUCUCACACACACACUCUUCUCUCUCUCUUUCUCUCUCUCUCUCUCUCUACCAUCUAACCAUCUCUCUCCCCUGUUCCAGAUGUACCUGAGGGAGCUGUUGCGUCUGAUGCUGCCCCGGUUCCACCAGCACCUGACCCAGCUGGGGGAGGAUGGGCUACAGCUGCUGUUCUGUCACCGCUGGAUCCUACUCUGUUUCAAACGGGAGUUCCCCGACACAGAGGCCCUGCGCAUGUGGGAGGCCUGCUGGGCACACUACCAGGUACACAACUUUACAUCAGCAUACGCACAGCAACAUCAUCAUGUUGUACAUGGGAUUGGUUUACACAGAGCAAUAUCAAACACAACAUUGGCAUACAUACACCAAUGUCAAACAAUGUGUGUAAUAAUAUGUAUUAACAACUGUGUGUAACAAUGUUAGGAGUUUAUAGCCGGGUAUAGGUAUAACCAUACAACCCACUAGUUAUGGAGAUUAGAGUUGGAUGUAGACACAACCACACACAACCACUGUACUGUAGGCAGGCUCUCCACAGUUAAGUGUAAAUGUACUUUGUCAUUAACACUAUCACUCCCUCAGACGGACUACUUCCAUCUGUUCGUGUGUGUGGCCAUCAUCGUGCUGUACGGCGAUGACGUGACGGAGCAGCAGUUAGCCACUGACCAGAUGUUGCUCCACUUCAGCAACCUCUCCAUGCACAUGAACGGGGAGCUGGUGCUGCGCAAGGUAACGCUAGCAGUUAGCCUUUAGCAUGACGAUGCGCUACUCCAUGCCACUUUACCUCAUGCUAUGCUAGCAUUUUAUGCAACACUAGCAUUUUACCCUCUAGUUAGCAUACUAUGGUUGUUGUUUACUUCUUAACUCAUCCCCUCAGUGUACACUCAUCGACUGUGCAGAAUGGAUUUAAAAGGAAUGGAGUUUGUGAUACAACAAAGCAUAAUAGUCCUUGUUGCUUGCUACCCAGCCCUCAAGGAGCCUUGAAAUACUUGGUGUGAUCCUGCCGUGUUGAGGAUUUAUGAGUCAUGGCCGGUAGUGUGUCUCUGUCUUCUCCUCAUGUUUAUGGAUGCCAUGUUAGUACUGCUGCUGCAGCAACAGCACAUUUUAGCAUGCAGGUGUCAUGACUGUUUUAGAACCCCUAUCAGAUUUGAUAUGUCUGUGUCUGUGAACAGCUCAGCCCUUUUUAGUUUAAAUUAAAUCAUGUUAAUUGAUUUUGGCUGUGUUAGACUAUGUUCUUCCACAUCUGAAGGAGCUAUUGAUUUUGUCAAAUGCUAUUCAAAUCUACAUGAUACUAAGUGUGAUCCUGUUAGCUGUUUUGCAAGUCUUGAGGUAUAGCUUCUAUUUCCUCCUUUUGUACGCGUUUUCCUCAUGUUUAAUCUUUCUCUCAUACUGUGCCACUCCCUUCCUCCACUCCCUUGCUCUCUCACAUGCUCUCUUUCUUUCUCUCCAUUUCUUCUCUCUACUGCUCUCCUUGACCCUCUCUUACGUUCUCUCUCUCUUUCUCUUCCUCUCUUUCACCCACCCUUCCUACUACCAGGCCCGUAGUCUACUCUACCAGUUCCGUCUGUUACGCAGAAUCCCGUGCAGCCUCCAUGACCUGUGUAAGCUGUGCGGUCCAGGGAUGUGGGACAGUCGCUACAUCCCGGCCGUGGAGUGUUCCGGGAAGCACCCUGACUCCCAGAGCUGCCCCUAUGGAGGCACAGCCAUCCCCCAGCCCUCGGCCUCCCCGUCGCCCUCCCCCUCACCCUACCUCACCCCACUCCCCGAGGGCAAGAGAGGCUCUAAGACCAGAGACAUCUUCACGUUUCGGAAGCAGUCCUGA